UACACACACUAAACCUUUCGUUAUCGAAGCCCAAGCAGCGAACGCUAAACCCUACACGUCGUUUCCCCGCCCCCGCCGUCGCCGCCGUUUGCCGUCGUCCUCCGGCGCCAGGGCUUGCGAUGGGGGGCGGUCCGCGGACGUUCCCGGGAGGGUUGUCCAAGUGGCAGUACAAGCGGAUGCACGAGAAGCUGGCCCGGCAGAAGCAGCGGGGGCUCCUCCGCCACGAGAAGCAGCUCUAUCUCGCCCGCCUCCGCUCCGAGAUCCGCGCCUCCCAUCUCCCCGGCGCCGCCGAUGCUGCCGCGGCUUCCCCCGACCUCGGCGGAGGGCCCACCUCCUCGCGCGCCCACAUCCGCGCCCUUGCCGACCGCUUCCUCAGGCCCGGCGCCGAGGACCUCUGGAACGAGGAUGACGGGCCGCUCCGCCGCGCCAAGACGCUGCCGCGGACGCAGCCGGCGAGGAGCCUGCCGUCAGGUGCCCGAAUCGUCGACUGGAAGCAGAUGGACUCCGGGAAGAAGCCAUCUCAGGGUGGAUCAGGGGAUUGGAAGGACUGGGAGGAGCUGCAUGUGGAGCAACCAAGGGUUCGGAGGGGAACUGGAGUGGGCGGAAGUGAGCCGCGUUUGGCGGCGUUCAAUACGAGGAGAGAGUACGGCACGGUGGCUCCCUGGUGGUGGCAAUGGAGUUCGGGCUCUGGCACCCCUUCGCAAAGGAAGGAGGCAUCUUUCGGCUUCUUUGGUCUGAAGAGAUGUUACUCGGUGAUGCAUCCAUGCUCGCCACAUCGGGAAUCGAGUCCUACGCUGAUGCCAUUGGGUGCUAGUCAGUCUACCGGGGCUCGGAAUGGCAAGGAGACAUCAUUGGCUAUGUUUAAUCAGGAGAGGUUGUACUCGGUUGCUGCACGGCGAUUUGGCCAGAAAUGGAGGCCAGAUUCAUCGGACGAGGAUGAUGAUGGUAUAUCUACGGCAAAGAGGGAUCUGAGGUUUGGAAAAUUUGGAGCUCCGAGGGAAGAGGAAUCGGAAGAUGAUGAACCGCGGGAGGCAAGCACCAUCAGGAGGAAAUGGAGCACUGCUGCUCUGAGGAACUGCGAUAUGAAGAAGGAUAGGAGAGCGCUCAAGUCCUAUGAGGAGGAAAGCAAUGAUCUCACUGGUAGGAUCCAAGAGUUGCGAGAGGAGAUAAGAAAUAGGGAGGUGCUGGGUGCUGAGAGGAGGCGUUAUGAGUCGAGGGGUGAAUCUUUGUUUACCAGUAAAAGAUUCGAUGAAUGUGGUAUCUCCCCACUUACUGUCAAAGCACUCACUGAUGCAGGAUAUGUACAGACAACUGUUGUGCAAGAAGCAGCUCUUCCGAUUUGUCUUGAAGGUAAAGAUGUUCUUGUCAAGGCCAAAACAGGAACUGGCAAAAGUGCAGCUUUUCUGCUUCCGGCAAUUGAAUCAGUCUUGAAUGCUAUGAAGAGCCACACAAAUCAUCGAGUGUCUCCAAUAUUUGCUCUUGUUCUUUGCCCUACAAGAGAGCUUGCCGUCCAGGUUACAGCUGAGGCAAAUGUUUUGUUGAAGAACCAUCAAGGAGUUGGUGUUCAGUCGCUUAUUGGUGGCACUAGAUUCAAGCUUGAUCAAAGACGUUUAGAGUCUGAUCCAUGUCAGAUUUUAGUCGCAACACCUGGUAGGCUGCUGGAUCAUAUUGAGAACAGGUCUUCAUUCUCUGUUCGUUUGAUGGGAUUGAAAUUACUUGUGUUGGAUGAAGCUGAUCAUUUACUAGAUUUGGGUUUUCGCAAAGACAUAGAGAAGAUUGCUGAUAGCCUGCCUCGCCAAAGACAAACAUUAUUAUUUUCAGCUACUGUUCCGAAAGAGGUCCGAAGGGUUUCGCAGCUCGUUUUAAAUAGGGAUCAUGUUUUUGUUGAUACAGUGGGCUUGGGAGCUGUUGAAACUCCUAUUAAGGUGCAGCAGCAAUAUCUUGUGGUACCACAUGAACUGCACUUUCAUAUGGUUCAUCGCCUUCUUCGAGAGCACAUUGAUCAGGAAGUGAACUAUAAGGUGAUUGUUUUCUGCUCAACUGCCAUGGUGACUGAAUUUAUGUAUAUAAUGCUUCGAGAUUUGAAGCUAAAUGUCAGAGAAAUACAUUCAAGAAAACCUCAGCUCUAUAGAACACGUAUUUCUGAAGAGUUCCGAGAUUCCAGCCGCCUGAUUCUGGUAACGUCAGAUGUUUCCGCACGUGGAUUAAAUUAUCCAGAUGUCACUCUAGUGAUCCAGGUUGGUGUUCCUCCUGGUAGGGAGCAUUACAUCCAUCGUCUUGGAAGAACUGGAAGAGAAGGCAAAUCCGGGAAAGGAAUUCUGUUAAUUGCGCCAUGGGAAGAGUAUUUCUUGAACGAGAUAACCGACCUUCCAAUAGAGAAGGCUCAGGUGCCACACAUUGAUCAGGAGACGAAACAAAAGGUUGAUGAUUCGAUUAAGAUUGUUGACAUGAGCAUCAAGGAAGCUGCAUAUCAUGCAUGGCUUGGGUAUUAUAAUUCGAUAGCAGAUGUAGGCCGAGACAAAUCCAUGCUUGCUGACCUAGCGAGUAGAUUCUGUGUUUCCAUUGGUGUGGAGAAGCCUCCAGCGCUGUAUAGAAAAACUGCCUUGAAGAUGGGCCUCAAGGAUGUACCUGGGAUUCGAAUAAGGAAAUAAAUAACCAAACUACAUAUUAUUCCCUGUUUUGCAA